CGUCAAGGAAGAUUACAACUAAUAGGAUUUGCUUCUUGGAGGCUGUUGGCAUGUUUGGUACAAACCCUGCACAGUGCUUUCUUAAAGAAGAAUAUGGACCCUAUUUGUCAUAUUUUUCUUCUUCUUCUGGCCUUCCACAAGAUAAACCCAUCUGUUUCAUCUUGUGUCACAGGAUGCUCUUGUUCUCAAGACAGCUUUGGAAGGAGUUUGCUCUGCAUGUCUGCACUGUUGAGGCAGAUCCCUGCAAACAUUCCUCAGGACAUCAGGAAAAUUAGAAUAGAAAAUUCUCACCUAACAGAAUUGCCUCGUGGGUCUUUUGAGAAUGUUAGUGCCUUGGAAUAUCUCUGGCUCAAUUUUAACAACAUCACCGUGAUGCACAUUAAGAGCCUGGAAUAUCUGCCCACUCUGAAGGAGCUGCGCCUGCAAGGGAACAAAUUAAGUUCAGUGCCAUGGACAGCAUUUCAAGACACCCCGGCCCUGAAAAUCCUGGAUCUGAAGCACAAUCGGCUGGAUGUCCUUCCAGAACAUGCGCUCCGCUAUCUGCCCAACCUGACCUAUUUAGAUCUGUCCUCAAAUCAGCUUACCGUCAUAUCCAGGGAUGUCUUCUACAAUUGGCCCGUCUACCAGAGAAGCCAGAGGGCAGAGGGGCAGAUAGAAGCUAUUUCCAACGCUGUCCUGGCCCUCCAUGACAACCCCUGGAUUUGUGACUGUCGCCUGCGGGGAUUUGUCCAGUUUAUCAAGUCAGUCGGCCCACCUAUUAUUUUGAUGAAUUCCUAUUUAACUUGCUCAAGCCCGAAAUUCAGGGCAGGGAAGUUUUUUCAUGAAGUGGAGCUCAACAGCUGCAUGAAGCCCCUGACCUCAGCCCUUGACACCAACCUGACAGUCCCAGUGGGGCUGAACAUCACCCUGACCUGCUUUGUGCAAGCCAGCCCUUCCCCUGUGGUCUGGUGGACCUAUGCGCUCAAACUUUUAAGGGCAUUUAAUGUGUCCACUGAGCCCGUCAGCGAGGACACCAUUCGCUCAGAGCUGCUGAUCCCGGCGGCACGGCCAGCAGAUGGUGGCAACUAUACCUGCAUGGCUGCCAACUUCUUGGGCAACUCCUCGGCGGCCAUCACCCUUCAGGUGGGAGCCCUGUGGGCAUCCACCACUCCUGUGGGCUGGGCCCCCAUUGCCCCCGCCGAGCCGGGCACCCACGUAGAAGUGCGCAUCGCCAAGCAGACGGUCUAUGGCAUCACCCUGGAGUGGUUUGCAGUGGCAGCAGCAGCAGCAGAGCCGGGGGAGACCUGGUACACCCUCCUGGUGGGCCGCUAUGAUGCUGCCCAGAAGGACACCAUCUACAUCGGCCCUGGCGUCAACACCUACUCAGUGACCGACCUGCUGCCCGCCACCAAGUAUGAGGUCUGUGUGGCUGUGCGCAACCAGGCACCCCGCAAGGGCCAGUGUGUCGUCUUUGUCACGGGCAGCGACAUCAGCCAGCUGGAGCAGCGCGAGAAGCUCAUCCACAUCGUGGUCAUCGUCUGCGCCAUGGUGCUGGCCGUGCCUGCUGGCAUGUACGCCUGUACCGCCGAGGCUCGCCCCGGCUGCUUGGCCCGCUGCCCCUGCGCUUGUCCCCGCCGCCGCCGUGGGGGCCAGGCACAGGCUGCGGGCAGCAAGGAGAGCACGUUGGACAGCCUGCCUGCCGGCAGCGAGGAUGGGCUCUGUCGCCCCGAGGGUGGCCGUGGCGCCCGGCAGCCCUUGGCCCGUGAGGAGCCUGGCAAGCCCCGGCCACCCCACCGGAACAGCGCUGACCUCUACUAGCCCAGCCCUGCCCUCUACUAGCCCAGCCCUGCCUGCCCUGCAAGUGCAGCGGCACCUUUCUCAGACGACCUCGAGCCACAGCAUGUGCUGGUUUUUCUUGAAGGACCACCAAAGAAGGCUCAGUGCUGUAAGGACUCAGGGCAUGGUGGGGCACACGGCCCGGAUCUGCAGCAGGCUUGGAGAGCCCUGGGAAUGGGGGUACUCGGGGGGGCGAGUGGCUGUGCCCCCCCCCAGCCCCAGGCUGCCUCUGCAGCACUGUCAUGGAGCAAUGCACACAGAUACACAGGGAAACAAGCAUUAAUGAAGAAAAACACCCCAAACCCAACAGCAACGCACACGGAAACAGGCCAAAGGUCCCCCUUGCCCACUCGUAGGGGCUGGUCUCUGUUUCUGUAUUUCUCCCAGCCGGGGGGUGCAGGGGGAGGCGUGUUUGCAGCGCUGCCCUGUGCCGGCUGCCAGCUCCUGCGUGCAGAGACCGGGGGCCUGGGCAAGGCUGUGCUCACAACUGGCAAGAAAAAUGAGGAUGAGAAGGACUGGGGCAAUGUGAUGCAGCUAUUUUGUUUCACUUGGCGAAAAUUUGUUUUGGUAAGGGCUAUUGGUUGGUGGUGAGGUUUUUUGGUGGGGUUUUUUGAUAUUUUUUUUUUCUUACUCCUUAAGGUUUACACAGCCCUAAGAGGUUCACAGCCUUGGUUGUACAACAAAUAGGAAACCUGUGAGUGCUUGCUGAAACACCAGCAUGAUGUAGCUGCAGCACAAGGUUUCUGAGGUUUUGAGUUGGCUUUUUUUUUUGUACUAGAUGGGAGGGGAGGGCCUUUUACUUGUGUCCAGACAUCUUAAGAGGACCAUUUCAGUUUCACACUAUCUAAAAAGAAGAGCUGCAGAAAAAUGAACACUUUGCCUUUUGCAAGCCAGCACUCAACUGCUGUUUCCCCUUCCACCCUGCCCAUCACUUGUCUCCUUUUUUCCCAGGAGGGCCCUGUGGCUGCCGGGUUAUUGUAGCUUAACCCCAGCCUGCAACUAAGUCCUACUCAACCUCUCCCUCACUCCCCCCACUUCCACCAGCAGGAUGGGGAGGAGAAUCAGGAAAAAAGGCACAAUUUAAUAAUUUAAAUAAAAUAAAAUAAUAAGAAUAGUGAUAAUAAGAAUACUAAUGAAAAGGAGAGAGGAAUGAAACCCAAAAGGAAAAAAAACCCAAGUGAUGCACAACAUGGUUGCUCACCACCCACUGAUGGAUGCCCAGCCAGGCCCCCAGCGGCGACCAGCAGCCCCAGCCAGCUCUCCCCAGUUUAUAUACUGAGCGUGAUGUUCUGUGGUACGGAAUGUCCCUCUGGCUAGUUUGCGUCAGCUGUGCUGGCUGUGUCCCCUCCCAGCUCCUUGUGCCCCUCCAGCCUUUGUGCUGGCAGCACCUGAGAAACUGAAAAGUCCUUGACUUAGUAAAAACAUUACCUAGCAACAACCAAAACCAUCAGUGUGUUAUCAACAUUAUUAUGCCAAUUCCAAACCACAGCACUGCACCAGCUAUUAAAAAGAAAAUUGACUCUAUUCUAGCCAAAAUGAGGACGGGGUGAUGAGGAUGCUUGGCCUGAAUAAGGCUGGCAGGAAAAGUGGCCGGGGACAGAGAGGGUGGUGGAGCUGGGGUUUGGGAUCCAGGCACCUCCCCCAGAUGCAGAUGGGCCAUCUACUCAUCCUGCUGCUUUGAAACCGAAGCUUGCCUCCUUUCUAGAGGUAAAAUACCCCAAAUGUGCAUGUAAAGACAAUCGGCCCCUGCUUGCAGAGCAGCUCAUGCUGCAUUUCUUGGGGGUCUGAGGACAUGUGACUUACCUGUUUCUUUUUUGGCCUCAUGCUUUCCAGUACAACCAAAGCAUGUGGCUGGUAGACCUGCAGCCCUUUUCAUAUGUGUUAUUACAGACUGCCUCAAAAAGAAAAAAAAAUUAGAGUAGAAACCUCAGCGGUAAGCAGAGAUAAAGCCUAACGUGAGCUUCACUCCACGGCAGUUUGGCUUUCUAGUUGUGUUUUUGUUUUUGCUUUCCACACUGUCUGUCCUCCGGCCCCAGGAUUCCCCCCCAGCACCUCCUCCUGCUGUAACUCGCUGCACAGCUUUGGAACAGAGACCUCUUGCUAAUGCUGACCCUCGGUGUUGUACUUCAAGGCACUUUCUAGUCUUGCCAGUCUUUUAGUGUCAAAGUAAUAAACACGAC